UUUGUGAACCUUGCACUGAACCUAUUCCACUUUGUACUGAUGGGGAAUUUCUCACUGUGGAUCUUAAUACCACAGACUCCUGUUGUCCUCGGUAUUACUGUGUUUGUGAGCCAAAUCUUUGUCCUACACCACUACUCAACUGUGCAGAAGAUAUGAAUCUUGUGAAAAAAAAUGUAUCUGGUCAAUGUUGUCCAAUAUGGCAUUGUGAAUGUAGCUGUGAAAAACUUGUUAUGCCAACCUGUGAAGUGGUUCAAGAAGACUUUUGA